AUGGCGUCGACCGCUAAUCAGGGCCCGAUCGCCCACAACAACGAUCCAUUCGUAUCAAAUCCGACAGACACCCAUAGGCAUCGCUACGCUGCAUUCGAUGCUAGCUCAUUUUCCCUCUAUACGAACGGGUCGACCUCACAGGCGAAACGCGCCUUGGAGGCACAUCUGGCUGAAACUGAGAGGAGACUUCAAGAAACAUCACAACUUGGUACCGUGCUGGUACAGCAACGGAAGGAACUUGGUGACAGAUUGAAAGAGGUAGAGCAGCAAGCAGAUGAGAAUGAGAUUGGACCCGAGCUACGCAAGAAGCUUGUUGAACUUGAACGCGAGUGCAAUGAAGUUAGCAAAGAUACCGCUCGAACUUUUGUGCCCAAGUCCAGAGUUCCAAGUGGCGAGACGGAUGCACAUACUGGGGGUGCCACUGUAUUUUCCAACGACGCCACCCCAUCCCCUUCGAAAAUAACGGCACCAUCGUCACGAAAGCAACGGAAUCAGCAUGCCAGUCGGGUUCAUGAUAUCAAGCUUGCGACUGAGAUAAGUAGUUCGCUACUACAGCAGCUCAGGGAGUUGCAGGCUGUUCUUGCAGAGAAAGAUGACACUCUCCGGACCAUCGAUACAGAGAAGUCCAAGCUUGAGGUUGAAGUUGAAGGUCUCAACCAACGACUACGGGCCAUGGAUGAAAGCGAACAACGAUACAAGGACGAAAACUGGAGUCUUGAGACACAGGUGCAUGACUACAUCACGACUUCGAAAGAAUCUGCCGAUCGCGAACAAAGGCUCUCCCUGACACUGAAUUCAAUCAAAUCAGAGAAAUCAUCUCUGGAGCGAGAAUUAGAAGAAUUGAAACAAGCUCAUUCCAAACUUUUUGACGACCAGCAUUCGUCGCGGAAACAACACGAAUCGGAGUUGACAACUCUGCGACGCAAUGUGUCACGCAAGAUUGAGGAGCUGACGAGUCAAAAUCAAGAACUUGCGCGAGCAGUCUCAGAUUCAACAUCCGAGACGGAGGAUGUGGAUGUAGAACACACUACACCUGAUCAUUCCCCGCCUCCGUCCCCAAGCAAAGCCACUCCUCGGCACGGCCAGCUGGAACAUGAGACUUUGAAGAGCUCCCUAUCACACGCCCACCGCAUGAUCCAACAGCUCAAGAACAAUAUUCAUCGGGAGAAGACCGAGAAAAUGGAACUGAAGCGUUUAUUACAAGGCACGCGAGAUGAACUUGACCAGAGGACGGCGACCGACAGUGCCAGCAAAAGACGAAAAGGCAAAGACGCUGAGGUGUUCAAGAAACCCGCCCGUCCCGAUCGCCUGGGUGUACAAAGAAAUAGCAGAGAGGAGAUCUACGUCGAUGAGCCAGAUUGGGAAGAUCACGAUGGUCAAGAUUCGCCAACCCGACGAAGAGUCUCCAAGACUAUGGCUGGAACAUAUCCAUCCACUGACACAGGUACUGACGCCUUCGAGACAGCCACUGAAACGUCGGAUGAGUUCGAGACAGCCAACGAACUCGAAGGCGCGGCUACCGAAACUGAUGCCUUUCACACUGGAGCGGAGACUCUUGAUGGAGACAGUAGCGAUGAUUUGACCGAGACAGAGGGCACGACUACCGCAGGUACUGUACGCCAUAAAAGACCUGGCGCCGCUCCUCUUACAUCUGGACGCCCUGGCGAUAGGAGCUCAUACAUGAGCACAGCUUCGACAUCCGCAGAUGAACCUGACCAAUAUUCAGAAGUCAAGACUCCUGUCCAAUCCACUCAACCCAAAUACCGGCUUAAGAUAAAUCGCCGUGGUUCGCGAAAAACCACACCGAACAGGUCCAGUGAUGACGCAGUCAACAGCCCUGCGAGUUUCAAAGAUUCUCCUGCCAGCUUUAUCAGUACUGGCAGUCAACAGGGUGCACCCGCUGGACAAAGCCUGUUUGCUGAACUAGGGGACCUGAGCGCCGAGGAAAGUGAAGACGACGAUGUCCUAGGUCCAGAUGCAACCCCAAGCCGCUCCACAAUCAUUUCCCCAGAAUCUUCUCAGGAGAAUUUGAGAAAGUCCGUAGUUGAGACAAGCCGGUCCGCCAGCGUGGCGCCAAAAGUGGCUAUGGUGGACUCUGCGAUGAUGACCGACUCUGGGGAGACUGAAAGGGGUGGUAUCAUAUCCAACGCUACUAGUGCUGUAGGCGCAGCUAUUGCUGGGGGAGUCGGGUUCGCUCUAGGACGAGGCUCUGAAAACAAGACUGAGGAUGCAUCUCGCGUGAUGGAGCCCAUAAUGGCAGAUCAAGAAGAGAUAGUUGUGCUAGACAUGGAGCCCACCGCUUUGAGGAUCUCCUCGAUCAGUUCUCAGAGUUCUAAGCCAUUGGCUCCAGUUGUGCAUCCUAAUGCAGCUCUACAACACACAAUCUCAAACGUUCGAUCCCUCCAGACCGAGCCUAUCGAGGCGCCAAAGACACAACCAUCUCCACUAGGGAUAUCUCAGGUAUCAGCAGGUCAGCAAAUCGAGCCUACAGCCACUAAAUCUGUUCCACUCGGAAUGUCAUCUAUACAACCAUAUCAUGAAUCUGCUCCAUCGCAGCAGAGCGAGAGUGCAAACGUGGGCCCUGUUGCAGUUCCCAUCGAAUUCAUCGACAAGCCAUCUUUAUCCUUUUCGACUAUUGCUUCACAGCACGUUGAACCUGUCAAUUCUACUCGGUCAUCUAAGGUCAUUAGCGGCGGGGCUACUACUACUUCAGUUGUGGGCGUUGGUACUGCUGGGGCCCUGUUAGGUGCUGCAGCUACUUCUGAAAAGGCUACCGAAUCUGAAUCCGAGCCAUCGGCUGAACCCAAGUCAGCAGGUGGAUAUCUGGGCUCGAUGCUUAGAUGGCGCACAUCUCAACGAGAUCCGGAGGCUGCCGGAGACAUGACAAAAGAGUCACUGCAACAGGAUGACGCUUCACCCAGAGUAGACUACGAGGAGAUCCCCUCACAUGACCGUGAACCAUUCAAGGUUCGGAACGUCAAUGCGGGUUCCAAGGGUCAAAGUGGAAACAGCGAUCCUCUGCCAAGCUCCAAAAUUCAAUCUAUCAUCAUGUCGGACGAGGAGACGCAGACGUCCCUUUCUGCUCAGGAGAUCGACAAGAUGCUAAAGGUUAAGCAAAUGCCUCCAUCAGUCAUCGUACCAAGUCCGCCAUCGAAGACUCUCACGACACAUGUACGAUCAAACAGCUCCAGCCCCCGAAAGUCUUACCCACCAACCAGUCUCGUGGUUGACACUGGUAAGACACAACCACGGAGACCAGGCAGCGCGGGCAGUCUGCGGAGCCGGGCCGCCACACCCCCUCCACUACCACCGGACCAUAAAGAGGUCAUCGCCGCGGCGCGCACUUCUAUUGCAGCAUCGGCGUACAAGAAAGAGCAGGUUCGGCCUCGUACACCCAAUGUUCAAAUGGGGAUUCCAAGCACUGUCACUUCCCCCUCUCGCUCAGGAACUACACCCCGUGCGAGAGCACCGACAAUUCGAAGCGAGCUUUCCGUCCCAAGCACCCGUCGUUCAUCGAUCUCUUCGUUUGCCUCGGAAAUCGACCAACGAUUCAAUAUUCCCCGCGCGACCCUCGGUGACCACUUUGACCCGAAUACUACCGACCCCCGCAUGAUUCAAGCAAUCACUCAGACUAUGAUUGGUGAGUAUUUAUGGAAGUAUACUCGAAAAGCUGGUAGAGGCGAAAUGUCAGAGAAGCGGCAUAGGCGUUUCUUUUGGGUGCAUCCAUACACACGUACUCUAUACUGGAGCGAACAAGAUCCUUCUACAGCUGGAAGGGCUCAGCUAAAGGCCAAGAGUGUCGCGAUUGAGGCGGUACAGGUUGUGACGGAUGACAAUCCGAUGCCUCCAGGCCUUCAUCGGAAAAGCAUAAUCGUCAUUACUCCUGGCAGAAGUGUUAAAUUUACAGCUACGACGGGCCAGAGGCAUGAGACGUGGUUCAAUGCACUUUCGUACCUUUUGCUGCGUACGAACGCCGAACGUGCGGAUGAAGACGACAACAUCACAGCUGAGGACAUCAAUGAGUUCAACCCAGGCUAUACGCGUAGUCCAUCUCGACAAACAGGUCGAUCGCGAGUGUCGAUGGCUUCUUCGCAUACAAAUGGAAACCGGAACCUGUCACCAUCUCGAGCUCAGUACCCUACCUUGACUUCGAGGGGUGCGCCUGGCACCCAAAGAGUAACGAGUGCUCAGAGUGGCUCACAGGUCCCCCAGAAUUCAGUGUCGAGUCGCUUCAGCAGUAUCAGUGGCAUAUUCAGGCCUGGUUCUGGAAUGCGAGGAUCAUUUGCCGGGCGGCGAAGUCGAAGCAGUGUGCGAGAUUCAUCUCUGUACGAUGCAACUACAGUUCAUGACUCAGCGGAGGAUCUGCGACAGGUUAUAGAGCAACAAGAACGGGAUGCGGAUAGGCUAGAGAAUGUGAGGGCGUGUUGCGAUGGUAAACACGACGUAGGCUCACUCUCUCGGAACGGGCGGCACUCCAGUGCUCAGGGCAGACAUACUUCUUUCAGCUCUAUGACACGAAGGCAUACGCGAUAA